AUGGCCGCGUCGACCUUUGUCUCUGAGUCCAUGCGACCCUCGUCUGCAAACUCUGGUCCUCCAAGGCGUCCCCGAAAACCCGACUACAAUCACAUACAUCGAAACCUUCUCCCCGUACCGGUCUAUCCCCUCCCUCCACUGAUCCCUCAUAAUCCGUUAUCUUUGGUGGCCAUCGCGCUCUCAUAUCUUGUACAAGUCCUUGCAACUCCUCCUCGACCAACGUACAAGGGUUAUUUUUCAUCCGCAACAUCUUCCAUCCAUGUCACAGAUGCCGACACCAUUCGUAAACUCUGGGAGAUGGGCUUCUUCGGCCGAGGGAAUCUCAGUCGCAGCGAACCUACAUGGCUGGAAAAUCGAAAGAAAAAGGGUGUGACCGCCGAGGAAAAUACAGCACAGAGAAGGCAAGAAAGGAGACGACAGAAAUUAGAGCGAGCCCGGAAAGAGCAAGAGGAAGUCGAUCAGAAACUGUCGGAUGAGUCUCAACCAAAUGGCAGGGCGAACGGCCAUGUCAACGGCGCUCACCAAGAAAACAUCCUGAAGACGAAUGCCACGGACAUAAGCGACAUAGGGAGUGUCUUGGAUUCGGCCAGCGGACCCGUGACAUCUGAUGUAGUAGAAGAGGAGAAGGAGAAUGGGCCCAUACAGGGGUUUGACGAGUGGAAGAGAUCUAUCGAGGCGAACGGGAUCCUGACCCCUCCACCGACAUCGACGUCGUCCGAGGCAAGCCACAUUGAAGGUCGUCCCACACAACGGUUACAAAGAACGAAAACCGUGCGUUUCUCCCCCACCAUUGAGGCCAGGGAAUUCGAUCUGAGUUCACCGGUGAUAUCACCCAUCAAAAGUCCAGGGUCUUCGCCGCUCGAACCCGCAACUCCCAUUGAGGCCGCCCCGGUUCAAGAGGCCCAGGAGCAUCUGACUUUAUCCACAGAAGAAGCGUUCUUUCUCUCGUACGGCCUUGGAGUAUUAGACGUGUACUGCGACGAUAGUGAAACGGUCCUACCUUCAAGUUCACUUCUUUCGUUGUUCCGCCGUCAUUCCUACCAUCCUCCGCGGUCAAUAUCAAUGCCCGCGGCUCCCGACGAUCCCUUUAUAGUAUCCUACGCAGUCUACCAUCACUACCGCUCACUCGGGUGGGUUGUCCGCUCCGGCAUCAAAUUCUCCACCGAUUAUCUGCUCUACAACCGUGGGCCGGCAUUCUCACACGCCGACUUCGCGGUCGUCAUUGUCCCAUCAUACAGCGACCCAUACUGGACAGGCGACGACAAAAAGCAACAAUCGAAGGACUGGUGGUGGCUGCACGGCGUCAACCGGGUCCAGGCCCAGGUCCGAAAACAGCUCGUCCUGUGCUACGUGGACAUCCCCCCACCGCUGAAGGAGGAUGAAAAGCGAAAAGACGUCGAUAUUGGACUGCUACUUUCCCGAUACAAGGUUAGAGACAUCAAUGUCCGACGCUGGACUCCCAACCGGAGUAGAGACUAG